AUGAGUGAGAGUGAACCGGAGGUGCACGUUCCGUCGACAGGCAUGUGGGAAUCUUCCCCGAUUGCCAAAGAAUGGCACGAAAAUUGGGAGGCCUUCAAGGAGUAUCUAGUAGUGUGCCAGGACGAUACGCAUCAGCUCUUUCGUCUUCGAAGCGCGGUGUCAGUAGCAAGCCGUAAUGCUGAAAUCCAUGGCCAAGCUGGGGCCGGUUCCAACGGAUCCAGCACAAGCCAUAACCAUCGAGUCGACCGAACUGUUUACGAGAAUCAUCCGUCAGUGCGUCGUGUUGAUGACCCUGUACUUUUCGCAUUUGUCGAUGUGAUGCAGUCCUCCGGUUCAAACCCCAAGCGCAUCAUGCAAUUUCUUUGCGAAAAGACAGGUCAAAAUUUGACCCUUCGUGAUGUUCACAAUAUGGUUGCAAGAAUGAGAGAAGAGCGCCGGGGUAGGGAUACUGUCGAACAACGUCUGGAGACUCUUCUACGAAGAUUUUGCGGGCGGGAAGGAAACCGAUCUUCUGUGUUUGUUGAUGACGAGUCCCUGGCACAAACAAUCGCGUUGCACACGCGCCAAAUGCGGAGAUGGUUCAAAGCUUUUUCCCGAGGUACUCCUCGUGGAUGCGACGCACAACACAAACGACUCGAGCACAGUCUAAUGAACAAUGAGAGUACUGAGUGCCUGGCGGAUGCCAUCGAGGCGUUCAAGCUCUCGAAUCCGUCUUGGGAGCAGAUACGGGUGAUUGUAAUCGACAGAGAUAUGGGCGAGCUGAGUCUGUUGGAGACGCAUUUUCCGCAUGUCAAAGUUAUCCUCCGCCACUUCCAUCUUAAGAAGUACAUUCGCUCUGAAAUGAAAAAGAGCAAGUACGGUGGACCGAGCAGCUUCGACAUGGACCAAGUUGAAGACGCUGUGGACAUGUUGAGAACGGCUCCAACGAUCGAAGAUUACACAAAGUACCUUAAGUAUCUGUAUUUCCUAUUGGACACCACACAUUUAGAUUCAAACGACAAGAUUCCAGAGCUUAAGCAUCCAUUCCUCCAGUACUUCAUGAAAAAUUGGGACCAGCAGAAGGAGCUCUAUAUGCUCGUUCAGACGUGCCACAUUUGGGCAAUCAUACUAACAGUUGACUGGAAGCUUCCUCGGACCAAAUUAAGGAGAACUUGA